AUGGGUGAUAAAGAUGACUAUUUAACGUGCUACCGAGUUUUUUUCGAAAAUUUUGCGGCCACUGUAAACCCUGAGGACCAACUGCCAGUUAAUAUCGCUGGGUACACGAUCACAGAAGCCGAGUUGCCGGGAGAAGUGAUCUAUUGGACAACCCAAUACUUGACUGAAAAACAAUGCCCACCGACACUGAUGACGCCGCUGCGGCGGAUAAUCCUCGACGAGGUGCAAAGGGCGGCGAGGAAACACCCCAACGAAUUCGGAUUCCACCCCGAUGAAUCAGCGUUCAUAGCGCUGCGGCUGAUGCAGGCGGUGGUGGCGCGCGUGAACGCCGUCUGCCUCCGCUACCUGGACAACGCGCGGCUGGACACGCUGCCGGCGCCGGCGCCGAUGGAGCGCGACGCGCGCACCAUCGCCGCCGCCACGAAGAACCUGCGCCGCGUCAUGGAGGACCGGCACGUGGUCAUCGGCGACCUGGAGGCGCUGUUCGGCAUCGAGACUUCGGUGCCGACCAGCUUUUACGCGGUGUACGACGGCCACGCCGGCUCGGCGGCGGCGACCUACUGCGCGGCUCACUUGCACCAGUAUCUGGUGGAGAGUCCCCACUUCAAGGUGGACCUGAGGCGCGCGAUGAGGGACGCCUUCCUCAGGACCGACGCCGAGUUCGUGCGGAAGAGCGAUCAGGAGCGCGCCUGCGGUGGCAGCACGGCGGUGGCGGUGGCGGUGCGGGGCCGGCGCCUGCUGGCCGCGUGGGCGGGCGACUCGCUGGCGCUGCUCGCCAAGAGGAUGCGCCUCAUGCAGCUGGUCCACCCGCACAAGCCCGACCGACAGGAUGAAAGAGAGAGGAUAGAGUCCUCUGGCGGCACUAUUAUGUACUACGGCACAUGGCGAGUGAACGGUCAGCUGGCUGUCUCUCGGGCGAUUGGCGACGCGAAGUACAAGCCGUACGUGACGGCGAUGCCGGAGAUCGCCGAGGUAGAGCUGGACGGCGAGGAGGACUACGUGGUGGUCGCCUGCGACGGCCUCUGGGACUUCCUGAGCGAAGACGAGGUGGCCCUCUCGAUAUACGGGCAGCUCGCCGCGGAUCCAGCUAGACGUAAAAUUUUCAUUCAUGCUUUAUUUACAAAAUCGCCCGGCACUAGACAACCACAAGGCGACGCGGCGCAACACAAUUUCUCGUUUUCGCAACCAGCUCUAAUGAGGCGAAUUGGAUUUCCGAGUACCCGUCCUACACAAAUCAAUUUCCAUCCGACGGACAAAGGCUCGAUUGUGCGCGUGAAAAUAGCGCGCCGGUACAAAUUGGACGAACACGUUGAACUUGACCGUGCGGCGGCUGAGUCACGUAAACAGGAUAGGACCGUUUUCACCGGUGGCGAUGUCGUACGCGACGAUGCAUUCAGGCCGCAAACCGCCCAUUAUCUACAUUGU